CCCGCCCCCGCCCAGCAUCGCGGACCCACCCGGACCUCGGCGUGGAGAUGGAGGUCCUGGCGGCAGAAACCACAUCCCAGCAGGAGCGGCUCCAGGCCAUUGCAGAGAAGCGGAGGUGGCAGGCGGAGAUGGAGAGCAAGCGUCGGCAGCUGGAGGACGACCGUCGGCAGCUACAGCACCUGAAGUCCAAGGCAUUGCGGGAGCGCUGGCUGCUGGGGGAGACGUCCUCAGCAUCACAGGGGGACGAGGAUAUGCGGAGACAGAUGCGGGAGGACGAGCAGAGGGCGCGGCUGCUGGAGGGGUCCAUCUCCAGGCUCCAGAAGGAGAUUGAGGUGCUGGAGAACGCGGGCCCGCUCACCACCGCUGCUGGAGAGGGCGCCGCAGCCCCGAGCCCGGCCAAGGACGAGAAGACGGAGGUGGCGCUCGAUUCUCGGCAGGCCCCGGUGGGCACGCCCAAAGAGAAAGGAGUCUGCAACACGCCUGUGAGGACGGUCGAAGGCUCCACCAUGAUGAAAGCAGCCAUGUACUCGGUCGAGAUCACGGUGGAGAAGGACAAGGUGACGGGGGAGACCCGGGUGCUGUCCAGCACCACCUUGCUCCCUCGGGAGCCGCUCCCUCAGGGCAUCAAGGUGUACGAAGACGAGACCAAAGUGGUCCACGCUGUGGACGGCACCGCGGAGAACGGGAUCCACCCGCUGAGCUCCUCCGAGGUAGACGAGCUCAUCCACAAGGCCGACGAGGUCACGCUGAGCGAGGCGGGGUCCGCGGCGGGGGCGGCGGAGGCCCGGGGGGCGCCCAAGGAGGCGGCGCAGAGCACCCCGUCCAGGCGGGAGAUCACCGGCGUGCAGGCCCAGCCGGGAGAGGCCACGUCGGGCCCGCCGGGCAUCCAGCCCGGCCAGGAGCCCCCGGUCACCAUGAUCUUCAUGGGCUACCAGAACGUGGAGGACGAGGCCGAGAGCCAGAAGGUGCUGGGGCUGCAGGGCACCAUCACGGCCGAGCUGGUGGUCAUCGAGGACGCCGCGGAGCUCAAGGAGCCCGCCCCGCCCAACGGCAGCGCGGCCGAGCCCCCCGCGGCCGCCGCCUCCCGGGAGGAGAACCAGGUGGGGCCCGAGGCCCCCGCCAGCGACCCCCAGGACCUGGACACGAAGAAGCAGCGUUGUAAAUGCUGCUCUAUCAUGUGAGCCCCCCGGCCCCCGCCCCCGCCCCGCCCUCCACCCACAGUCACCCACCGCCCGGCCCGGCGCCUGCCCGCCCUCCACCCACAGUCACGGGCCCCGGACACGCGGCUGUCACAUGGUCCCGCCGAGGGUUCUUUCAAUGGAAAGAGAGGGACGGGGGUCCCCCACCCCAUCGCCACCCCCGACACCCCUGAGCCACUGAGCCCUGCACCUGCGCCUGGUAGGAGAGCGACACGGACGGACCCACGUUUCCCGACGCGAAGGGCACCCCCCUCCCCCGCCCCUCCCCCCCCCCCCCCCACGACACGGCCGGGGUUUCGGUGCAGCCGCGGCCGGCGGCCAGCCGCCCUCUGGGCCUCCUGCCUGUGCCUUCCUGCCGCCUCCAAUGAGGUCCCCGAGGGGACGUCCUGCCGGGUUAGGGCCCCCGGGGGCCCGCUCUGUCCCCGCUUAGCCCCUGGAAAUGGGGUUUCCCGGCCGAAGCUGUGGCGUCCGUACCCAGGCCAUUGGGGUGAGGCCAUGCUUCUUUGGGGAGUCUGGGUCGGAGGUCAGGUUCAGGGUCCUGGAAAGAAGCCAGGCCCCGCUCUCUGGAUACCCCCAGCCUGGUGUGCCCCUCCCCCCAGGCUCUCUCUGGGGUGGCCGGGGGUGAGGGGGGCGGCAUGCUGGAGCCUGGGAAGGGAGAGCCCCAGGGACACGCCCCCGUGGGGGAUGGGUCCGGGACCCCUGCGCUGUCCCCCUGCCACGGGGCCCAGGGCCACGCGAGCCGCUUCUUGUCCUGAGCUCCCACUCCCACUGGGCCCUUCUUCCUCCUGGUGCUAAUUGGGGGACCCUGGGGGGCUGCCCGGGACCUGCUUGGACCAGGGUGCUGGGCCCCUCCAACCGUACCCCAGAGAUCAGGCCACUGCCACUCCAGCGGGCUUGGCACAUUCCCGGCAGUGGUGGGGAGCACGCAGCCUGGGGCGGGGGCGGGGCUUCCUCCGCAGGAGACCCCCAUCUGCCGCCCCGCCCGAUGCGAGCCUGUCCCCUUCCCGCCGGGAGGGGGGCGGGGACAGGGGUUGCGCUCCUGGGGGCAGCCGACACCUGGAUGUGCACACACAUCUCCCCGGUUGCAGCCACGCUCGCCCCAGAGGCGCGUUCGUGCACACGCUCGCAGACCCUCCCGUGUGGGCUGUGGUCGGUGAGGCCCCGUCUCAGCCCCUCCCCUAGGGGCCUCCCACCCGGUGCCCGGGGCGGGCGCAGGGGUCGCCUCUGGUCGCAGCCCGGACCCCGACUCAGCUCUGCCCCUUGGUGGCAGGGGGAGAGGCCCCCUGCGAGGUGACCCUGGGCAGUGGCCGUGGGACCCCCUCUUCCUCCUUGAGUCCUCGAGCUGUGAGCCUCCGCUGAAGUGCCCCUCUGCUUUUGAUGUGUGACAAGGCCUUGUUGUUCUUGACUUUCCCAGAGAAGCAAAUAAACAGUGUGAACAGCCCCA